AUGUUCGUGCGCAAGUUACAGCCCCUUCGCUACCCUGCAGUCCCUCGGAAUGACGGCUUGCGCCCGCGCACGACGAGAUCUGCGCUUCGCCUUCGACACAUUCGCCCCGCUCCCUAUGUCACGAUCUCCGACCCUAAUCACCCUUCCGCACCGUCAAAUGUAUCCCUUGCGCAUCCCAAGGACCCUUCGAACCAGGCUGGGCCGAGUCAAAGCUCCUCAUCGUUCACCCUCCAUCCUCCCCCAACAUCUCCAUCACCUCCAACACCAGACGCUCCCAGUGCACAAACAGACUCGGUAAAUGCCGCGGAAACAACCCCGAAUACUUCCGCGGACACCUCAGUACCUGCAAGAUAUGUUCACCCUCCAAUUGACCCCGGAGCGCAACUCCCACUCCCUCACGCCCCGCCGCCAUAUCACAUCAAUCCGCCAUUCAACACGCAUCGUUUCUUCUCGGAGCUCGAGCGAUCCUUCCCCACGCCUAUCGCGCUCAACCUUAUGCGCGUGACGCGUGCGCUCUUAGUCGAUCGAAUAGGACGGGUGAAGCGCGAUGCUCUAACAGUGCAGGAUCUUGAAAGCCAAGCCUACUUGUUCAGGGCCGCCUUGUCGGAGCUGCGUACCGAGAUUGGCGUCUUGACUAGGAACGAGACUGCUGCCAUGCGAUCGGCGACCUCUGCCCUAAGACGCGAGGUGGACGCGUUAGACGGGCGAAUGAAGGAAGGAAUCGCGCAAUUAAAGCAUGAAAUCCAGAUGGACGUCGACAGCCGGAAGAACGAGUCCAAAGAUGACCUGAAGAACAUCGACUUGCAAAUCGAGGAAGUCCUGAGUAAAGCACUUGUCACGAUCGGUGAACUCAAGACGCAGGUCGAAGAGUCGCGCUGGGAGAAGAUGCGAGCGGCAGUCGCUGCACUGGGAGCUCUAUCCCUCAUCCUCAUUGUCUCCAUGGAGAUCUACGUCGUUAAGCCCAAACCGCCGAAGGCAGCAGGAAGCGGACCGCAACCCGAAUUCAUGCCUCCAGGUGGUGGUCCGCUACCAUGGGUCACUUAG